AUGUUAGCAAAUCCCGCAUACUCUGACGAAAUGGACUAUCGGCCCUAUCGUGAAUAUUCUACUGAUGGAGAUGAGCGUCAGUUUCGGGAUUUCAUGUCUGCUGAUUGGGCUUGGGACCAGGCAGACAUCAUUACGGAGGACCCAGAGACACUUGGCUCGAUGUUCGUGCCCAUCAUCCUCAUCAGCGAUAAAACGAUGGUUUCAGUUGCCACCAGAAAUAAUGAAUAUUAUCCACUCUAUGUAUCCAUAGGAAAUGUACAACAACAUGUUCAACAUGCGCAUCGAGAUGCAGUAGCUAUCAUUGGGUUCCUUGCAAUGCCCAAAGAGUAUGCUGAAGAUCCGAAGUUUCGUGCAUUCAGACACCAGUUGUUUCAUUCAUUGCUCUCCCGCAUACUCGAAACCCUUAGGCCAGGGAUGACAAAGCCAGAAGUUGCGAAGUUUGGAGAUGGGCAUUUUGGGUGGGUGAUUUAUGGCUUGGGGCCUUACAUAGCGGAUUACGAGGAGCAAGUGCUCCUUGCGUAUAGUGAGUCGCUGGUGUCUGAGAUGCUGUGCACAUCGUAA